AUGAGGGGUAGCUACACAGCCCACGCGGCACCGGCAUGGUGUUGGCUGGUGCGGGGCAGGGCCGCCGGACAGCUGGUGUCCAGCUGCAGGGCCUACGGCGAGUCGGUUGACGAGCCGAUGUGGCGGCAGGUCAACGUAAAGGCCAAAGGGAAGGGGAUGAAGACGGUGAUCAAGGCAGAUAAACACGAAAUGACGCUGGACGAACCGAAGAGUGUGGGCGGUACCGAUGAGGGACCUAGCCCCUUUCACGCCGUGCUGGGCGCCCUCGCCGGCUGCGAGCAGGCCACCGUGCAUUACCUGAUCAAGAACAAGACGUGUAAGCUCGACAUCGAGAAGAUCUACUUUGACGUGGAGGGCUCCUACGAUGCGCGCGGGAUCAUGGGCAUUGGGAAUAUUACGCCCGGCUUUCAGAAGGUGAAGCUCAUUGCCCGCCUGAAGACUUCCGCCUCGCAGGCGGAGAUCGAUGCACUGGCGCGCAAGGUGCAGCAGCACAAUCCCGUGGCUGCGCUCUUCAUGUCGGCCGGGGUUCCACUAGAGAUGGAGUGGAAGAAGCUCGAGAAGGAAGAAUGA